AUGCGCACCGAGCUCGGACCGUACCAACCUGAGGGCGGAAUGCGGGGGGGUGGAAAAAACCACGGGAAGGAGAUGCUGCGGCGAGUUUUGGGGGGGGGUCUGCGGGGUGGGGGAGGGGCCGCGGGACCCCCCCGUGCCCCCUCCCGUGCGGCCACCGAUCAAACCCCGGCCGACCUGGCCCGGGAACGCUGCAAGGCCGUCACCUCCUUCUACCACCAGCCUGCCAUCGAUGCUGCUGCUGAGAGGCCUUCUGUACGUCUGACCCCCACCACCAUGCUCUACUCCGGGCGCUCUCAGGACGGCAGCCACAUCCUGAAAAGUGCCCGGUACCUUCAGCAGGAGCUGCCCGUGCGCAUCGCUCACCGCAUCAAAGGAUUCCGGAACCUUCCCUUCAUCAUUGGCUGCAACCCCACCAUCCUGCACGUGCACGAGCUGUACAUCCGAGCCUUCCAGAAACUGAGCGACUUCCCCCCGGUGAGUCACACCUGGACACACCUGGGCACACCUGGGAUACACCUGGAUACAGUGCGUCUCACCUGUCCCAGGCGUCUGUGCGAGCACCAAUACGGGAACGCCCCCCGUGCGUCUCACCUGUCCCAGGCGUCUGUGCGAGCACCAAUACGGGAACGCCCCCCGCGUUCGCAUCAAUGGUCACGUGACAGGGGGCGCCAAUGGGUGACACAGGUGACUGGGGGUGACUCAGGUGAGCGUGAUGACGUCACUCAGGUGCGUCUCACCUGUCCCAGGCGUCUGUGCGAGCACCAAUACGGGAACGCCCCCCGCGUUCGCAUCAAUGGUCACGUGGCCGCGCGUUUCCCUUUCAUUCCCCUCCCCCUCGAUUACGUCCUGCCCGAGCUUGUCCUCAAUGUCCUCAAUGUCACCAAUGGUUCCAACGUCCCCAAUGUCCCCAAAUGUCCCCAACAUCCUCAAUUGUCUCCAAUACCCCAAAUACCCCAAAUACCUUCGAUGUCCCCCAAAUGUCCCCAACACCCCCAAAUGUCCCAAAUCCCCUGGAUGUCCCCAACGUGUCUGAUGUCCCCAAAUGUCCCCAACUGUCCCCCCAGGAUCUCGGACCGGGGUGGUGGCAUCCCCCACGAUCUCCUGGACAAGGUGACCGAGUACCAUUUCAGCACGGCCGAGGCGAGCGCUCAGGACCCGCGCCUGGGGGGUCCCUUCCGUUCCCUCAUGGACGCCAGCGGCCAGGCCGGGCCCAUGCACGGGUUUGGCUUCGGGCUGCCGACGUCCCGCGCCUACGCCGAGUACCUGGGCGGGUCCCUGGUGCUGCAGUCGCUCCAGGGCGUCGGCACCGACGUUUACCUGAGGCUGCGGCACAUCGACGGCAAAGCCGAGAGCUUCCGCAUCUGA